UCGCAGGAGGGGGGCGGUUACUUCCUCCCGUCCUGCCCGGCCCCUGAAAGUCCGGAGAGGACGGGAGGAAGACCGGAGGACGCGGCGGGGGACGGGGGAGUGCUGGGGACCGGCCCCGGUACUUACCUCGUCCCUGAAGACCCGGAUCCGGACGAUGAAGACGGCGGCAGCGGCGACAGGUAUGACCAGAUGGAUACAUAUACAGAUAACAUGGCUCUUAUUCUGGAGAAUGAGCAGUUCUUCAAAACCUCUUACCAAGAACCAGAAGAUGCUUUGAUCCCUGUUCCCUUUAGAGCAAGAACCUCCUGGCAAGAUGAGAACAUCAAGAUGAAGAAUGACAGCAGCUUACUGAUGACCUCCAAUGAUCAGACACAGAGACUGGCAGCAACAGAGACUGGUCUGAAUGAUGCACAGUGCUCUGAAGAAUGGGUUCUCCACCAUGGUAUUGACUCCCAACAUCUCACCAUACAAGAUCUACUAAAGCUGGGGAACAUUGUCAUGAAACCAUCAAAAAAUGCUGCCAAACAAAUCGAACUAACUGCAGAGACCGUACACGGAUUUGAAAUGAAAAUUCAGGAAGCAAUUGAUUUCUUUCAUAAAAGAAUUCGCUGGUUAAUGGAAGGAAGCAGGAAGAUGUUUGGCCUUGUUCAAGGGAAAAAUAUAGGUCUGCUGAUCGAUUCAUCUCACCUAAACUGUGGCCCGAGGAGAAUGGAUUUCUUAAGAGGACUCUUGUGCCUUGUAGAUGAGCAGCUGUGCUACAAAAAGAAGAUUUUUCUGAUGUCAUUUGGAACUGAGGUCUCAUGUCCUUGGGAGUAUCCACAAAAUGUUAAUGUUCGUGUAUUACAUGAAGCGAGACAGUGGAUUCAAGAGAUGCAGCCUCGAGGUGGUUGUAACUUACUACUAUCAUUACGGAAAGCUCUACAGAUCCAGGACCUUGAUACUCUUGUGGUUAUUGUUAGCAACAGCCCUGACCAGACAUCUGAUGUCCUUUCUGACUACCUUCUACAAUGCACUCUGGGAAAAAAUCUUAAAAUCCACAUAGUUGCAGUUGAUAGCAUUGGGCAGGCUGAUAUACAAGCACUAGCUGAAGCAGUAGGCGCACAUUUUCAUUGCUUUUCUUCAUGGAAAGAGGAUGAGAUUUAUGCAAGCACUGAUAUUAAGUUAGUAUUCAAAGAAGUUCAGAAAGCAAUAAAAGUCUUGAACAAGAUCAAGGAACUGCGGCAAGGAAAACUGGAUGACACCUGCAUCAGUAUAAUACAAGAGAUAUCAACUGAGGUUGCCAAAAUACCUACCUCUGCAUUUCUUCCGAAACCACCCAAUCACAGUGCACCGCUGAAUGUGGACAUUCCCAAUUUUUCACCCAGAACAUCAGCUGAAUGGCUUAAGAAAAAUGGCCUAAAAGCCAAAAAGAUGACCCUCUAUCAAAUACUAGCCCCUAAUGCGUAUUCCACACUGGAGGAAUUUGUGCCUAUACUUCAGAAAACUGUCUCUUCUACUCUUCUUGAGCGGGCAAUGAUGCAGUUUGAAUGGCACGAUGGGACUGUAAAAAACAUUCAUGUUGAUCCCCCAGUGCUUUAUGAAUACCAGAAACAGCUAGCCAAGAUGGCGCGGAACUAUGAGAAAAGAAUAGACUGGCUAACAAAGGGAAGCAGAAGACUAUGGGGGACAGUUUGUGAAAAAAGGGUUGUGCUGCUCGUGGACCUAUCUCUUGAGAACGCCUUGCACAUUAUACAUAUUCAGCAUUCUCUGAGACUUGUACUGGAAGAACAGAUGGCCAACAAGGAUUUAUUUAACAUUAUUGUAUUCGGCGGUGAUGUACACUUUUGGAAGGAAGGAAUGGUUCCCACAACAUCUGAAAAUUUGCAGAGUGCAUGGAAGUGGGUGCUCACUUUGGAGUGUGAAGGCAGCCGAAACGUUCUUGGUGCCAUUAAAAGAGCAAUAGAGUGCAACUUCAUAGAUAAGGAAAACCAAGAAUCCCAGGGAAUGUAUUUAUUUACUAGUGGGAUUCCAGAUCAGGAAAUGAACACAGUGCUUUCCUACUUGUCAGAAGCAGUCGCUGGAUGUAAUCUACAGCUCCAUGUUUGUUUUUCUACAAGCAAUGAAGACAGUGACAAUGACAAUAGAGAUACAGCUCACGUUGUGCAGGAAUUAGCCCAUGUCACUGGUGGAAGGUUUCACUGGUUUGAUGACACAGGUGUGAUAGAAAGUGAUGACAUAAGUGCUCUUGUUUCUGAGAUGGAGAAAGCUGUUAACUACUCUAAAAAGUGUGCCUACUUGGUGGAAUCAUUAAAAUAUCGCACAGGGAGUAAAGAUGAAGGCCCGACUCCAGAGGACGCUCCGGUGAUCUCAUAUCAGAAAGAGAAACAGAAGCCAAAGAAACUUCCUCUUCCAAAACCAACAGCUCUGACACUUGCUAGAAUGGGUAUUAAAGAUGAUGAAGAAGAAAAGAAGAAUGCUAACAUGAAAGCAUUGAUGUGGCGACCAAAUAGUGCCAAGGCUGAUAUUCCUCCAGCUCAUCCUUUCAAAGACUGGGGCUUUACUAAUGACAAGAAGGUGAAACAGAAGAAACUACAGAAACCGUCCAUCAGUUCCUUUUAUACUGAAAACGGAAAGGGUAUUGGGGUGGUGUAUAAAGAUUAUCCAAAAACCAAGACUGUAAGGAAGUCUAUCCCAUUUAUUGUGUUACCUAAAGAAGAAGAAGCCUGUUCUACAAAAGCAUGGUUGAAGAAGUUUGGUUUAAAGAAGCUGAAGUUGGAGCUGACCAAGCUGGUGUUCGGCCCGGACUGUAAUCACCAGAAAAAGCUGGUACCAGCAUUACAUAAGAAAGUGUCAGCAAAAUACUGCACCAUUUUCCCAAGUGUGGAGAUCAAUGGAGUUGUGAAGCAUCUUCAGUUUCAGCCUAAGGAGCUGGAGGAAUAUAUUGAACAGCUAGAAAAAACUUUAAAGCGUUACAUUCAGCGGCUUCAAUGGCUUCUUUCAGGAAGUCGUCGACUGUUUGGCACUAUAGUGGAGAAUAAAGUGUGUAUACUGAUUGAUGCAUCCAGCUCCAUGGCUCCCUUUUUGGCAGAACUACAGAAAGGGCUAAUAUCACUACUAUGGGAACAACUUAGACCAAGAAAUAUUGGGUUUAAUAUGAUAAGCAUUACAGAAAACAUUGAGCCGUGGCAGGAGUGUUUGGUAGAAGCCUCUGAUGAAGCUUGCCGAGAUGCUGUGCAAUGGCUUUCCAGGAUACAGCCCCAGGGAAACACCUGUAUCCUUCAUGCUUUAGAGAAAGGUUUUGCUUAUCCAGAUGUACAAGGUGUUUACCUCCUGACAGACGGGAAGCCAGAUAUUAGCUAUAACCUAAUGCUUGCAGAACAUCUUGUCAAGUCCCAUAAUAUCAAAGUACACACUGUUACUUUCAACACUUCAGAAAGGCCAGGAAAUGAAUUCCUGAAGAAGUUAGCAUCUCUGUCCGGAGGGAGAUACCAUUCUCAACAUGGGGAUAUGGAUGGACACUUUGCUGCACACAGGAUGUUGACCGAGGGCUUCACUGAUGAAGAUGAUCCAGUCCUUCCAGUGUUUGAAGGAGAUGAUUUAAAAAUACUUGCAAAAGAAAUAGACAAAGCUCGCCGGUUUGUCACCCAAGCAAGAUCUUUCCAGUCUCUGAUAUUAGAAAAACAGAUGUCUGCCUCUAGAGAUGCCUCCAUGGAAGGAAGUGAUAUCUCAGAUGAAAGACACAGAAUCCCAGCUGAAAAAGUCACUUAACCCAUCAAAGAACACAGAAGAGAAGAAAUGGAAAUUACUAUAUAAAAUUACUAUAUAUAUAUAUAUAUAUAUAUAUAUAUAUAUAUAUAUAUGCGUUUUUUAUUCAAAUCUGUGUGUGCAUUAUAUAUUCUUUUAUCAUUAGAAGUAUUCUUGGAUAUAACAUGUAAAAGAUGAAAUAUAAUAAUAAUAUUUCAUUAUGACCAAAAAAAGUUAGAGAAAAUGACUUAAUUUACCUAAAUAAUACAGGGAAAGGGAAUAGAAUGAUCUAUGUUUUCUGCCCCAGGGAUGUUUUUAUAUAUUUUUUUUAUAAUAAUAAAGUAUAUUUUAUGCUCUUUGUACAAUGUUUCAUGUUCACAUUAUAUUUAUACCUUAUGAAUAACCUCAACUA